CAAGCGUCUUGGUAAUUCCCCCUCCCCAGACUACAGCGCAUGCGUCCCGCGCAGCCGCAGUGCGAGGUGCGUCAGCAGACGGGAGAAGCAGCAGCAGGAACCGUGUGUGCCGGUACUAGGUGGGAGCCAGGGACAUGGCGGAUGGAGAGCGCUCCCCUCUCCUCUCCGAUCUCGGGGACGGAGGAAGCAUGGGAGCCUCGGUGGGUCCUGGAGCCCCUUCGCCGGGUAGUACACUUCCUUCUGCUCCUCCGUACGGUGGUCCUGGCCCCGCCCCCAGCAACAAGCCGCAAGGCUUCCAGGUUUUUCCAGUGGGUGGCUCGGUGUUACCUGGUGAAGACCCCCCACCCUACUCUCCACUGACUAGUCCAGAAAGUGGUUCUGCCCCCAUGAUAACAUGCAGGGUCUGCCAGUCACUCAUCAAUGUGGAAGGAAAGAUGCACCAACACGUAGUGAAAUGUGGAGUCUGCAAUGAGGCCACGCCCAUAAAGAAUGCCCCCCAGGGGAAGAAGUAUGUGCGCUGUCCUUGCAAUUGCUUGCUGAUCUGUAAGGUCACCUCCCAGAGGAUAGCCUGUCCAAGACCAUACUGCAAAAGAAUCAUUAACCUGGGUCCUGUGCACGCUGGACCCUUGAGCCCAGAACCACAGCCUGUUGGAGUCCGAGUCAUUUGUGGACACUGCAAGAACAACUUUCUGUGGACAGAUUUUUCAGACCGGACCUUGGCACGCUGCCCACACUGCCGGAAAGUUUCCUCUAUUGGACUGAGGUACCCAAGAAAGAAAUGUGUUUGCUGCUUUCUGAUGGGCUUUUUAUUUGCUGUAGCUGCAGCUGGACUUGUGGCAGGCACAUGGGCAUUGGCACGUCAAUAUGGUGGAAUCUACGCCUCCUGGGCAUUGCUGCUGCUUUUCACACUCAUCUGUUUGGGCCGUGCAAUUUACUGGGCAUGUAUGAGAGUCAGUCAUCCCAUCCAGAGCUUCUCGUGAGCCUACCUAGACCUCCCCCUCCCCCCCCCCCCCCUCUCUCUCCUUUGGUGGCCAGAAUACCAAGUAACCUUUUAACGGCGUGGGACGAAGAAAUUGCAACCUGUGGACAAAAUCCUUGCUGCCUUAAGAAGCAGUGCUGAAUAUGAUGAUUCGACUAUUUUCAAACCACCUGCUAAUGUUUACUGCUGCCCAAUGUUAACCCCUUCACUGCCAGGGGCUGUAUUGCAGGACUCUGUAGCUGCUAAGGGGUUAAUUGCUCUUUUUUUUUUUUAAUGUAUAAAUAAUCCUGUUAACCGUAAGGAGCAGAGGGGGCAGUAUAGAGACAGCAAGGCUGCAAUUUCCCUCUAAUAUUUGCAGGGUAAUGUUUACAUUGAGGAACAAGCAUUAGAGAGGGUUACUGUAGUAAGUGAUGGCAUAGUGGAAGGUGAGGCCCACACAGCCUUGUGGAAGGAUGUUUAUCAACAUUGUGUCAUAUCCUAUUUGUUGCACCUUAAUUUUUUUUAUUUGACUUUUUUGGGUGGGAUGGGGAAUUAGGGGUUUGGAUAAAUAGCAGAAAGGCUUUACCUUACCUGGGGAACAUUGUUCCACCUUCAGCCUUUCCAGAGAAGCCUUCAGGACACUAUAUCACUACGAGAAGGACUUUUUCUAUUUGCUUCAAACAACCAGUAGCAUAGCUGCAUGUAUAUCCCCGACCAAUGCAAAUCCUUCCAUCUGUUUAGUUAUAAUUACAAAGGAUUUCCUGCAUUCCAUAAUACACUGGCAGCAGCUGGUAAGAUGGGCUCUGUAUGAAUUCCCAGUAUAAUACCGUGUCUUCUAAUAGUGUCUCUGAUAUGAUUUGUUCUAUUAAUCAUCUCUUAUCCAUUGUUGAACUUUAGGCCAAAAUUUAGACCACUGGAAUUUUAAACCUUGCAACCUUCUAAUGUUUUAAAUCGAAAUAAAGCCUUACACGGCUAGGUUUUUUUAUUAAAUUUUUUGUUGUUGCUACCUCUAGGACACUACAUAGAGCCACAUGCGGACACCAUUAGAUGUGGUGCUUUACAAGUCUCCUCUUGUGUUUUUCUUAUCUUGCUCUGUAUGAGGGCAUUAUGUUCUUUAUUUAAAGAUGAAGGAUCAUUUAUUGGUGGAAGGAAAGUGAAGUUACUGAGGAGGAUGAGAUCCAUUGUGAUGUCUGUAGGGUCCAAUCUGUUUUUAUGAUUGUGCAGCUGAGUUGUAAAUAAUCUUACAUUAUCUUUCUGUUGCUGCUGUGCUUCCUGCAGAUUUUAUUUCACUUGAAAAUAUAAAUGUUUUUUUUUUUUCUUAAUACUUUUGUCUUGGCUUAUUUCCAGAAUUGUUCCUAAAACAUUAAAGAAAAUGCUACACAUUUUGUAGGGCUUUUCUUCAUGAAUAGUAUGAUCUGACAGCUGAAGAAGACAAGUCGGGCCAAGAGAGACUAAAUCUGCAGCCAGGGGAAAUCAGAUCAGACCGUUUGUAGUAGGGUCUACCUCAUACUUUGUCAAUAGGAAAGUGCAGCACCCACUAAAAGCUGAAUUCUUCUUUAUUGUGUAACCGACACAUACAACAGGGGCGCAAUAAGGCAACAGCCUUACAAUAAAGCAUUAAGAAUUCAGCAAC